AUGCAGUGCGGCAUGCUGAAGGGUCGGUGCUGCGUUCUGUUCCGGGACCUGCAGGUGAUGCUGCUCAGUAACAAUAACAACAGCACCGGUGAUCAGAACGGUAACCGGUAUCUGCAAACCGAAUCCCAGAGGCUUCAGCCCGAGGACCCGGUGCUGGAGAUCCCGGUCGCGGAGCUCUCCAAAGAGAAACGGGACGAUCGCUUCUCCUUCAUCAGCUACGCCGAGGGGACACCGGUGUGCAGGAUCUGCUUCCAAGGACCAGAGCAGGGCGAGCUGCUGAGCCCGUGUCGCUGCAGCGGUUCGGUCCGCAGCACCCACCAGCCCUGUCUCAUCAAGUGGGUCAGCGAGCGAGGAUCGUGGACGUGCGAGCUGUGCUACUACAAGUACCAGGUCAUCGCCAUCAGCACCAAGAACCCCCUGCAGUGGCAGUCCAUCUCGCUGACCGUUAUAGAGAAGGUUCAGAUCGCAGCCGCCAUCCUGGGUUCCUUGUUUCUGAUCGCCAGCAUAUCGUGGCUGGUCUGGUCCUCGUUCAGUCCGUCUGCCAAGUGGCAGCGCCAGGACCUGCUCUUUCAGAUCUGCUACGGCAUGUACGGCUUCAUGGACGUGGUGUGUAUCGCUCUGAUCGUCCACGAGGGCCCGUCGGUGUUCCGCAUCUUCAACCGCUGGCAGGCGGUGAACCAGAAGUGGAAAGUUCUGAACUACGAUAAGAAGAGAGACAGCGAGGAGCCGAAAUCCAGCGAGGGCGAGUGGACUCUGUCCCUGCUCCACCGGCAGGAGCGGGCGGGGGCGGGUAUAUCCCCGUCCACCUCCUCCAUUAUAGCCGCCGCAGCGGCCGCGGGCACGCCGGACGAUCUCGGGGCGGAGGACUCGACGUACGCGGACUGCAGCGAGGCCGCGCCCAGCGACCACCACUGUCCUUAUAACUUUUUUCAUCUGCUCACCCAUUUACGACCACACGAACUGCGCAACAGCCAACCUGGCAAUGCCACCAGAGAACUGGUCAUGAGAGUGACCACCGUGUGACAGACAUGGACAAAAUGCCUUACCGUCGAGGACUCGCACUAACGGAGCACGUCUGCACCCCGUGUGAGGGGUCAAAGCACAACCAAGAUCGUUUGAUGUUUGUUUAUGGGAUUUUUUUCUUUAGUUUGAAUAAA